AUGUCUGCUGCACGAAGAGCUACCAUGGUCAUAGCUGCUAACCGUUUCUCCGAAGAGGAGGAGGAAGACCGGGAAGUUCGUCCGAUGACGAAGGAGAUUCGGUCGCGAACACCGAACGACGAGCAGCGGGGGGCGACGAGCGAGCGACGGGCGAAGAGCGAGAAGUUGUCGAGACUUUCCUCUCGAUCACAUUCUUCGCCCUUGGGAGCAAGCUCCCACCUUCCAGGUUGGGCCGCAAGGAGGGCCAAGAGACUCGCCGAAGUUCUUACCGUUCCCGGACGAGGAACAGGCGAGGAAGAGGGGGCUUCAACCCGUACCCGUUUGCGAGCGGGGGUGGGCGAGGACAAAGCGGACGAAGAGGAAGAGGACACCGAUAUUGGUGAAGAAGUUCGUCGAUGUCUCUUCUUAGGAGACCGAAGGAUGGAAGAUUUUCUUCUUAAACUCGCCUCUUUCGAGGGAGCUUUUCUCUUGGCCGGAGUCGAGGAUGGACCGGCGACGGGAGCGGGAGGCGCGGAAGACGAGGAAGACGCCGACAGAGAAGGGAGAGCGGCCGACAAGGAAGAGAGGCGAAGGCCAGCCGAGCUGGCAAGGCGGCGGACGAAGGACGAAGGAGGAGCAGGAGGGGGAGACUGGACCCGGGACACUAACAUCAGCCAUGACACGAAACUUCUCCACGAAAUUCUUAGGCAAUUAGAACUUACUGCUUCGAGUCCUUCGGGCAACGUUCGAAGGAGGAGAUUUGACGAGUUUUCGAGGGGUAGACGGGGCCAUGAUAAGGGUGUUCCCGUCGUCAACGUUGUGUUUCAUGGAGUCCAGGAUACCACGAAGAUCCCUGGAUACGAGAGAAAAUUUUUAGGCUAA